AUGGCGCCGAACACAGACCAGCGCUACGACCCCGUCCCGCCAAUACCUACCUACGAAGAAGCCGUCGCCGGCGGCAGCGCCUGGCACAGCUACUCGCAACGCUCGCCCAUCGACGGCGACCCGCACUCCACCGACGCACAAGCCGAAGGUCAAUCGCUUCUCACGAGCCCCCGACACGCCUUCGAGUCCCCCGCCCCAGACAGCCAUGGCCCCCCGCGAGGCCGCCGAUACCCCCGCGGCUACCGGCCGCCGACGGUCGAGACCGACGACGAGAGCGACCUGUUCAGCUCGGACGCGGACUCGGAUUCCGACGACGAGCGCGAGGCCGACCAGGUGCGCCGCGAGAUGCAGGAGCUGGAGAUCGACGACUCGGACGUGAGCGCGCGACGAGGCGCCCGGGGCGCGUCGUCGUGGGGGAAGCGCAUCGGGCUGUCGCUGUCGCUGCCGCAGUGGCGGUGGAAGUGGAGGUGGCGGUUACCAACGCUGCGGCGGAGGACUGACGGGGGUGGGAGCGGAGGGGACGAGCCGAGCGCAACGUCGCCGACGGAUAAUGAGGCACAGUCAGCGCCCCGGUCGUGGUUCGCGCGCCCGAGCUUGCUGCCUCAGUUUGGCAGCCCCGCGCUGUUCCUGCUGGUGGCCCGGAUGCUGGCCGCCAUGAUCGUGCUCGGCGCGCUGUACCUGCUGUUUGCGAGCGACAUGUUCUCCAACAUGGCCAGGAAGAUGGGCAGCCAGAUGUUCGACCCCGAGAGUGUGCGGGUCCACGUCCAGGGCAGCAUGGAUUCGAGGAGCAUAGCGGACCAUCUGAGACAUUUCGCGAGCUAUGCGCACAUCGCAGGGACAGAGGGCGAUUUUGCCCUCAUGGAGGAUACCGAGAUGUUGUUCAGGAAGUACGGGCUGGAAGACGUCACGCGGGACGUGUACCAUGUGUACCUGAAUUACCCCAGGCUUGGAGGGAGAGCGGUCGAAAUACUGGGCGACGACGGCAGGGCCGUUUGGUCGGCGAAAUUGGAAGAGGAGCAAGCGGGGCCCGUUCCGGCCGGCCACCAGACCUUCGUAUUCCACGGUUAUUCCAGAUCGGGCGACGUCAGAGGGCCCCUGGUGUACGCGAACUACGGCUCGAGAAAGGAUUUCGAGAUGCUCUCGGAUGUCAAUACGACCGGCGCCAUUGCUUUGAUCAGGCACCACGGGCCACAGACAGACCUGGGGUUGAAGGUCAAGGCCGCCGAAUUGGCCGGAUUCGCGGGCUGCAUUGUCUACACUGACCCGGCGGACGACGGAUUCCUGCGGGGCACCACAGCUCCGAAGGGUCGCUUCUUGCCAGCCGAUGGUGUGCAGAGAGGAUCUGUGAGCUUGAUGAGCUGGGUGGUGGGCGACGUUCUCACGCCCGGCUGGGGCAGCAAGGAGAAGAUGCCGCGCAUGGAUGUGGAUCAGACGAAGGGCCUCGUCAAGAUCCCUAGUCUUCCGUUGGCCUGGCGCGACGCCCAAGUCCUGCUUCAACACCUCAAGGGGCACGGGAAGCCGGUUCCCGAUGGGUGGAAGGGAGGCGUUCCGGAUGUCGAAUGGUGGACUGGCGAUGGCGGCUCGCCCAUUGUGCGGUUGAAGAACGAGCAGGACGAGAUCGUGAAGCAGCCAAUCUGGAACGUGUACGGCCGAAUCAAUGGCAUCGAACAAGGAGAGAAGAAGGUCAUCAUCGGAAACCACCGCGAUUCUUGGGCAUUCGGCGCCGCGGGUCCCCACUCGGGAACAGCCGUCAUGCUCGAGGUCAUCCGCGUCAUGGGCGACCUCCUCUCACGCGGCUGGCGGCCGCUGCGCACCAUCGAGUUCGCGUCGUGGGAUGCUGCGGAGUACAACCUCAUAGGAUCAACCGAAUACGUGGAACAAAACGAUGAGGCCCUGCGCAGAGAUGCUCUCGUCUACAUCAACCUCGACGCCGCCGUGACCGGCGAGACAUUGCGCGCCGCCGGGUCACCGGUAUUCCGCAAACUCCUCCUCCAGGUCCUCAACCGCGUGUCCGACCCUAACUUCAACACCACGCUGCGCGACCUCUGGGACCAGCGGGGAGCAGAUCUCGACGGCCUCGGCGCGGGGUCCGACUACGUCGCGUUCCAGGAUAUCGUCGGCACCUCGUCCCUGGACCUGCACUUCGAUGGCGACGGAUACCCGGCGCACUCGAGCUACGAAAACGCCGAGUGGAUGGAGACCGUCGGCGACCCGGGCUUCGUCUACCACACCCUGCUCAGCCAGGUCCUCGGCCUCUUGAUCCUCGAGCUCGCCGACCGGCCCAUCAUGCCCUUCGACAUGACCGCCUACGCCGACAGCCUGUCGCGCUGGGUCACGGACCUCGAGACCUGGACCAAGAGCCACUCCGACCGCCUGAGCGGCAACGGCCAAGACAACAAGCCCCUGUCGCUCUCCGCCCUGAGGGAGGCCGCCGACGAGGUGGCCAAAUCGGUCCGCGAGUUCGCCAAGUGGGAGCUCAGGUGGGAGAACAGCGUGCUGUCGGCCGGCGGGUGGGAGCCCGCGGGCCUGGGCCGGCAGCGGUGCGAGUACAAUGCGCGCAUGGCCCUGUUCGAGUCGGAUUUGCUGGACAGCGCGGGCAUCCCCAACCGCACGCAGUUCAAGCACGUGCUCUUCGGCCCGCAACUCUGGGGGGGCGCCGACGCCGACAACGACGAGGGGUCCUACUUCUUCCCCUCGAUCCGCGACGCCGUUGCCACCGGCAACCUCACCCUUGCCCAGCUGACGGUUGACAAGGUCGCUGGGAUUAUCAAGCAGGCGGCUGCGAACCUGGUGAGGUAG